AUGCAGAAGAUCUCAGUGCUGCUCUUCCUGGUCUGGGUCUGCUUCCUCUUCUACGCUGGCAUCGCCCUCUUCACCAGUGGUUUCCUGCUCACCCGUUUGGAGCUCACCAACCAUAGUAGCUGUCAAGAGCCCCCAGGCCCUGGGCCUCUGCCAUGGAGGAGCCAAGGGGAGCCCGGGGCCUGCUGGAUGGCCUCCCGGUUCUCCCGGGUUGUGUUGGUGCUGAUUGAUGCUCUGAGAUUUGACUUUGCCCAGCCACAGCGCUCACACGUCCCUGGGGAGCCUUCUGUCUCCCUGCCCUUCCUGGGAAAGUUGGGCUUCUUGCAGAGGAUCCUGGAGAGUCAACCUCACCAUGCCAGGCUCUACCAAUCUAAGGCUGAUCCUCCCACCACCACCAUGCAGCGCCUUAAGGCCCUCACCACGGGCUCACUGCCUACCUUUAUUGAUGCUGGCAGCAACUUUGCCAGCUACGCCAUAGUGGAAGACAAUCUCAUUAAGCAGCUCAGCAGUGCAGGAAGGCGUGUGGUCUUCAUGGGAGAUGAUACCUGGAAAGAUCUUUUUCCUGGAGCUUUCUCCCAAGCUUUCUUCUUCUCCUCCUUCAAUGUCAGAGACCUGCACACAGUGGACAAUGGCAUCAUGGAACAUCUCUACCCAACCAUGGACAGUGGUGAAUGGGAUGUGCUGAUUGCUCACUUCCUGGGUGUGGAUCACUGUGGUCACAAGCAUGGACCUCACCACCCUGAAAUGGCCAAGAAGCUUAGCCAAAUGGACCAGGUGAUCCAGGGAAUUGUCGAACGUCUGGAGAAUGACACACUGCUCGUGGUGAUUGGGGACCAUGGGAUGACCAAGAGUGGGGACCACGGCGGGGACAGUGAGCUGGAGAUCUCGGCUGCACUUUUCCUGUACAGUCCCACAGCUCUCUUCCUGCGGCCCCCACCACAGGAGCCAGAGGUAGUUCCUCAAAUCAGCCUUGUUCCUACGCUGGCCCUGCUGCUGGGCCUGCCCAUCCCGUUCGGGAACAUCGGGGAGGUGAUGCCUGAGCUGUUCUCAGUGGUUGAAGACUCCCAGCCUCAUUCCUCUGCUCUGGCCCAAGCUACAGCUCUCUAUCUGAAUGCCCAGCAGGUAUUUCGAUUUCUUCACGCCUACUCAGCUGCUGCACAGGACCUCCAGGUUAAGGAGUUUCACCGGCUGAAUAACCUCUUCUCCAAGGCCUCUGCUGACUACCUACGGCUUCUGCAGAGCCCGCAGGGGGCCGAGGCAGCACCACAGACUGUGAUUACUGAGCUUCAGGAGUUCCUGCGGGGAGUUCGGGCCAUGUGCAUUGAGUCUUGGGCUCGGUUUUCUCUGGUCCGCAUGACAGGGGGUGCUGCUCUUUUGGCUGCUGCCUGCUUUCUCUGCCUGCUGAUAGCCCAGUGGGCAACAUCCCCCGACUUUCACCUCCCCCGUCUCCUCCUCAUACCUGUGGCCUGGGGUCUGGCUGGGGUUGUAGCGUGUGCUGGCCUUCUGGCAACUACUGAGCUGAGGCUGGAUCCCGUGGUUGUAGGGGCUGCGGCUGCAAUGGGUUCAGUCCUGCACAUUCUGUGGAAAGCCUGGGCUGGCUGGGGGUCCAAGAGGCCUCUUGCAGCCUUGCUUCCCGUUCCCAGGCCUAUUCUGUUACUUCUGCUCCUUCGCUUUGCCGCUUUCUUCUCGGACAGCUUUGUGGUAGCCGAGGCCAGGGCCAUCCGCUUCCUUUUGGGCUCACUUAUCUUGCUCCUGGUUGCCCAGCUUCACUGGGAGGGCAAGCUGCUGCCACCUAAGCUCCUCGCAAUACCCCGCAUUGGCUUUCCGGCCCCGACAGGCCCCUCAGGGCACAGGGGCACGCACGCCCUGGGGCUGGGAGUUGGGCUGCUUUUGUGUAUAAGGCUGGCUGGGCUUUUUCAUCGCUGCCCUGAAGAGACACCUGCUUGCCACUCCUCUCCCUGGCUGAGUCCGCUGGCGUCCAUGGCGGGUGGUCGAGCCAAGAACUUGUGGUACGGAGCUUGUGUGGGGGCACUGGUGGCCCUGUUGGCUGCUGUGCGCCGGUGGCUUCGCCGCUACGGUAACCUCAGGAGCCGCGAGCCGCCGGUGCUCUUUGUGCGCUGGGGGCUGCCCCUAAUGGUACUGGGCACCGCUGCCUACUGGGCAUUGGCGUCGGGAGCAGACGAAGCGCCCCCACGUCUCCGAGCCCUGGUUGCCGGUGCAUCAGCUGUGCUGCCUCGGGCUGUUGCAGGGUUGGCUGCUUCAGGGCUCCUGCUGUUGCUCUGGAGGCCUGUGACGGUGCUGGCAAAGGCUACGACGGGUGCUCCCAGGAUCAGGACUGUCCUCACUCCCUUCUCAGGCCCCCCCACUUCUCAGGCCGACCUGGAUUAUGUGGUUCCUCAAAUCUACCGACACAUGCAGGAGGAGAUCCGGGGCCGGCUGGAGAGGACCAAAUCUCAGGGCCCCCUGACUGUGGCUGCCUACCAGUUGGGGAGUGUCUACUCGGCCGCUAUGGUCACGGCCCUCACCCUCUUGGCCUUCCCACUUCUGCUCUUGCAUGUGGAGCGCAUUAGCCUUGUGUUCCUGCUUCUGUUUCUGCAGAGCUUCCUUCUCCUGCAUCUGCUUGCUGCUGGGAUACCCAUCACUACCCCUGGUCCUUUUAUUGUGCCAUGGCAGGCAGUCUCUGCUUGGGCCCUCAUGGCCGCGCAGACCUUCUAUUCCACGGGUCACCAGCCUGUCUUUCCAACCAUCCAUUGGCACGCAGCCUUCGUGGGAUUCCCAGAGGGUCAUGGCUCCUCGACCUGGCUGCCUGCUGUGCUGGUGGGGGCCAACACCUUUGCCUCCCACCUCCUCUUUGCAGUAGGUUGCCCAUUGCUCCUGCUCUGGCCCUUCCUGUGUGAGAGCCAAGGGUCCCAGAAGAGGCGGCAGCCCCACGGGAAUGAAGCUGAGGCCAGAGCUGGGCCUGAGGAGGAGGCGGCGGAGCCACUGAUGGAGAUGCGGCUCCGGGAUGCACCUCACCACUUCAGUGUGGCACUGCUGCAGCUGGGCCUCAAGUACCUCUUUGUCCUUGGUAUUCAGAUUCUGGCCUGUGCUCUGGCAGCCUCCAUCCUCCGCAGGCAUCUCAUGGUCUGGAAGGUGUUCGCCCCCAAGUUCAUUUUUGAGGCCUUGGGUUUCAUUGUGAGCAGCGUGGGACUCUUCCUGGGCUUAGCUUUGGUGAUGCGAGUGGAUGGUGCUGUGAGCUCCUGGUUUCAACAGCUAGUUCGGGCCCAGCAGAGGUAG